AGGCAAAAGAAAGGAUGCGGCAGUACAUUGAGCUCCAUAGAGACAGCGCCGGGGCAAGCGAGAGCCGGACGGGCACUGGGCGACUCUGUGCCUCGCGGAGGAAAAUCAACUAAACAUGGGCAAAGGAGAUCCUAAGAAGCCGAGAGGCAAAAUGUCCUCAUAUGCAUUCUUUGUGCAAACCUGCCGGGAGGAGCACAAGAAGAAGCACCCGGAUGCUUCUGUCAACUUCUCAGAGGUCUCCAAGAAGUGCUCAGAGAGGUGGAAGACCAUGUCUGCUAAAGAAAAGGGGAAAUUUGAAGAUAUGGCAAAGGCUGACAAGGCUCGUUAUGAAAGAGAAAUGAAAACCUACAUCCCCCCCAAAGGGGAGACCAAAAAGAAGUUCAAGGACCCCAAUGCCCCCAAGAGGCCUCCUUCGGCCUUCUUCUUGUUCUGUUCUGAGUACCGCCCAAAAAUCAAAGGCGAGCAUCCUGGCUUAUCCAUUGGUGAUGUUGCGAAGAAACUAGGAGAGAUGUGGAACAACACUGCCUCGGAUGACAAGCAGCCCUAUGAAAAGAAGGCCGCCAAGCUGAAGGAGAAGUAUGAGAAGGAUACAGCUGCCUACAGAGCUAAAGGAAAACCUGAUGCAGCGAAAAAGGGGGUGGUCAAGGCUGAGAAGAGCAAGAAAAAGAAGGAAGAGGAAGACGACGAGGAGGAUGAAGAGGAUGAGGAAGAGGAGGAAGAAGAGGAAGACGAAGAUGAAGAAGAAGAUGAUGAUGAAUAAGUUGUUCUAGCGCAGUUUUUUUUCUUGUCUAUAAAGCAUUUAACCCCCCUGUACACAACUCACUCCUUUUAAAGAAAAAAAUUGAAAUGUAAAAAAAAAAAAAAAAAAAAG